AUGGACCCUGGCCAUCGUACCGCGGCACCAAGCGUGCACCGUAUAGAAUUGAGAUCAGAAGAUUCUGCAGUGGUAGUACAAGCAAAGUGGAGUCAAUCCGAAGAUGUGACCUCAGCAGCCAAGUUUGGACGUAACUUUCUCGAUUUCGCUAUCCAAUCCAUCUCCUUGUCCCAGCCCACAGACUUGAAGCACGAAAGCUUUGCUUUUGGUUCAACUAUUCUCACGUCGGACGCUAGCAGUCAAACUUCUGAGCAGGUUAAAAUCGAUACACCUUCUAAGGCUCUGUCUUUGUUAUGGGAAACAGUUACAAGAUCUUUGGAGGUAGGUCCGAUGAGGUUCAUUCUCCCCGCAGAGGACGGGUACAUUGUUAGGGGUGACUUCGUCGAGGAGAUGUUUCGAGGCUGUCCUCUCGCUCUGAGGGCGAAAGGGUUCACCACUCCGGGACAACAUUGCAUCGUGAAUCGGCAGACUGACACCACUGAGGGAAGUGCGCAGAGUUUGCUAGCACUCCUUCAAUCAAGCGUGGGGGUCAUUGUUGUAAACAGCAAGGCAACCACUGAAGCUCUCGAUGAUGCCUUCAAAAAUCGCCUGUCAUGGCCGUGGACUGUCCCAGUACCCUUCAAGCAGAGCCGCAUCGUCAUAGUUGGUGAAGCGCGUCGAGAAAUGAUGGCGCAGAUUUUCUAUGCAACAACAAGAGGGUGCGGGGUCUCUGUCGUCGUCAUGGACAGGCCGGGUCACUGGAUGGAGGACCCGGCUGGGACAAGUGCUCAUCUUAGGGAGCAUUUCGUGCCUUUCACUGGCUAUACGUUGGAAGAUCUGCCUCAACGUGUUGUCGAAACCAUUCGAGAGCUACCCUACCGGGUCGACGGCCUCCUUUCAACCGUGGAAGCUUUCCUGCCAGGCGUUGCACGUGCUGCGGAGAUCCUUGGGCUACCAACUAUAUCGCCAGAGGUGUACAGCCGCGCAACGAAUAAGUACGAGACCAGGCGCCUAUCGCCUGCCCCAACAACCAUAAAAGUUAACAGCCUAGAAGACUUCAUUCAAGACCUUAAGGGCAUGUCCGAGCCCUUACAGUAUCCGCUUGUCGUGAAGCCCACGCACGGUCAUGGCUCCUUAGGCGCUAGCAAGGUCCGCAACGACGAUGAGCUCGUGGAUGCCCUCCGGUUUUCCUUUGCGUCCUUAGAAAAACAGCAAGAUCUGCUCAAAUUAAAGAUUGGAGAAGCACGUGUCAUUAUCGAGACUUACUGCGAAGGUCCGGAGGUUGAUGUGAACUUGGCUCUCUGGGAAGACGAACUGCUGUUCUCUGAAGUCAGCGACAACUUUCCCUGCCGUGCCGACAGGCCGGACGCAGACAAGACGGACCACUUGGGGCAGAUGGGCUCAGCAUACCCGUCUGGUCUACCACAGGCUGAGAUUGAUAUGCUUAAGAAGGACGUGUUAGCGAUAAUACGGAAGCUCGGGAUUCGUAGCGGCGUUGUUCAUGCUGAGGCCAGAGUGCACAACUCAACUGUCGAAUGGCAUACGGACCAAGAUGGCGUGCAAGAGUUGCGGCCAAGGACAGGCCCAAUUCCUCCGGGCGGCGCGAAAACCUUUUUGCUCGAGGUAAACCCGCGACCUCCUGGCAACCCCGAAUUGGCCGCCUCGUCCUACGUCAACGGAAUGAGUUUCUACGCCUUGCAACUUAUGCAAAUCACUGGGGACGAGGCUCGUUUCCGUAGUUUAUCACACGGAUUUCUGAACAGACCAUUGUAUCACUAUUCAUGGACGCCGCUACUCCUCUUCGGCCCAGUAACUGGUGGACGCAUGCCUAGAGAUCUGGGUCUGGCGAAGUACGGCCUCGACACGCACCACGCUUUCCAAUGGCUGCUUUGGCCCGGUGGCGAUAUAGUGCCGCCUACCGAGCAGAUCCCUCAUCCGGGAUUGGGCUUUAUGCUUUUCCGAUCCAGAGAAAGCCGCCGGGAUGUGUUGGAGAAAGUAGCUAUUGCUCGUCAUAAGAUGCAUAUUCAACUGGAGUAA